AUGGGGAGGUCUAUUAGCAUUUUCACGGUAGUUUUGGUUUCUGCCGUGGCUGCUGCUCUUGCUCAGAGCGCUUCCAAUGUCUUGGCAACGUACAAUGACUACAAUCCCCAGCAGAACGGGUGGGACUUGAACGCGGUCCACGCUUUUUGCUCGACAUGGGACGCGAAUGAGCCCCUCGCAUGGCGCGAGGAGUACGGUUGGACCUCCUUCUGUGGCCCGGUCGGGCCUCGCGGGGAGGCCUCUUGCGGCCGUUGCUUAAGGGUGACCAACACGGGGACCGGAGCUCAGGCGACAGUGAGGAUCAUCGACCAGUGCAGCAACGGAGGGUUGGAUUUGGACACCGGCGUGUUUCAAAUGUUGGACACCGACGGAAGUGGAUACGCUCAGGGCCAUCUUAUUGUGGACUAUCAGUUUAUAAAUUGCUAA